AUGAAGAACUAUUCCCAAAGGUUUUUCACCGGCAGUGAAUUAGAGUUAUAUGAAACAAAGUUUGCCAACUUCCUAUAUCUUAUUGAGGUAUUUACAAGAUUAGAAUUAUCUAAAAACAUACAUAUUCCUUCUUAUGACUGUUCUGACUAUCUGAUUACCAAGAUAAGUAAAAUAUUUUAUGCUAUUAUUACUGAUGAUGAAAAAUAUAUGGAAUACCUUCAUCUGAUGAUUUGUCUAUCGUGUUUUAAUUGGAAUAAACCGUUUGAGAAGCUACCUCCCACUCUAUCGUACUCAGAGUUUCAGUAUAACUUAGAUUCCCUGAAAUGUUGGGCAACUUACUCCACUCUGUCCCGUAGUUUUCAAUUACAAAAUAUUUCAAGUACGUUAGACUCAUUCAUAUUUUCUAUCGAACCUUGGAAAAGCAUAACCUACCGUCCAAUUGAAAGCAUUUAUAAGAAGUUGGUUAACGAAAUGCUCGCGAUUCCUGGAUAUUCCUUUAUUCCUUUAGAUCCUAGGAAUUUUUUGUUAAAUAGUAAGCAAUUUCAAAAAGAGUAUUUGGUUGAUCUUUCUAUCGAUGUUAAAAAUCUGUUCGAUAGUAAGUUAAAUGUUCUAACGCGUUAUUACAAAGUUCUUAAAGAUGUAUCUGUAGUGGCAGAAAUGACAAGGAAAUCCCCUAAGGGUACUGUUUUUGAAAGCAGAGAUCAUUCAAGGAUAGGUAUUACUGAUUUCUUUAUUAGAGAUACUCAGAUGUCAGUAAUUCCAACAAUGAGUUUAUAUAAGAAAGAUGAUAAUAUUACAAUAAUAAAGCUAAUUGCAGAUUGUCUAACUUGCUUAAUGUUGAUGAUCUACAUCUCAUCUGGUGGUCCAUAUGGAUUUCCCGAAAUGAGAGUAUUUAAGUAUGCUAGUAAGGAAAGAAAUCUGUUCAUUAACCAGGUCGAUAAAACAGUUGAAUUUAUUAUUAAUUAUUCAAAAAACAAAUCCCAUAUUCCUAUAUGUAAGGUCGUCGAUGAAUUGACUUCAGACUAUAUUAUAUACGCUAUUAUGGUUAUAUCUCCAAUUAUCCGUACGCAUAAUCAUAAGAUGAAUUACCUUAUGAAACGUGAUUUACUAUAUGAAAUAAGUUCAGAUAGUGACUUGAAUCGAAAUGAUAUUGGUAUCACACCUCAACAAAAUCUAGAUGAUAAAGAAAUCACAUCUCAAAUUCUAGAUUCUUAUUUAUUUGCCGAUCCCAUUACAAGAAAUUUGAUUGGCAAUAUUAAGUUUGAUUUCCUUUUUAAACAUUAUCCUUCAUACGAACUUGAAGACUUACUCUUUAAUUUUAGGGCCUUAAGGCAGGCAAUUAUUGAUAUUCAGAGAUAUCAGUUAGGUGUUGAUGAUGCUGAUAUGCGUAUUAACCCUGCAGUUGCAAAACGAUCUGGUCAUUCUUUGUUGACAGACAUCCAGAAUUAUGGUGGUAUUUUAACCGGUAUGGAAGGAUACAAUAAUAAUACAGAAUAUAAUGGUGGAUAUUUCAUUUCCAAAUCCUGGAUAAAAUUAUUGGGUCUUGGAUAUGAAGUUUCCAAAUUCGAUCCUAAAGAUGUAAAAUUAAGUAAAGAAAGGCCUGAAUUCCAAGUAAGUGGCGACAUGAAUGGUAUUCUUUCUAAAGGUUGUAAAAUUUAUGGUGAUUGA